AAAUCCGUGUAUUGGAAUUGUACCUCCGUUUAAAUACCGAUCCUCGGGAUUCCAGAUUGCUUGCUUAUGCAGUUAUUGGACAGAUUAUGAAUCCUUUUGUUAUAAAUCUCCACAGUGUGUAUUUCCUAUGUGAAUGACCCGCUCUGGCUCAUCUCUAGUUAGAAGUAUAAAUAUAAUAAGAGGAAGUGGUAUGUUCAUAUGUAUGUUCAUCUUUUAAACCCUACUUUUACAGCAAGCCUCUGAUAUUGCGGUAUUCUUGUACCACCCUUUCCUUAUCCUCCACAGGCUUAUCGGUACUUGAUUUUAAAACUUGAGAGACCAGCUAUUGUACUGAGCAUCACCUAUGGAAAAUAUGAGAAAACACAUGUGUGCAAUCUCAAGAAGUUCAAGGUGUUUGGAGGCAUGAGUGAGGAAAACAUGACAGAACUCUUGUCCAGUGGCCUUAAGAAUGACUUCAACAAGGAGACAUUCACGCUUAAGCACAAGAUAGAUGAGCAGAUGUUCCCCUGCAGAUACAUUAAAAUAGUGCCUCUGAUGUCAUGGGGGCCCAGUUUUAACUUCAGUAUCUGGUACAUUGAACUGCAUGGGAUAGAAGACCCAGAUGUUGUCCAGCCCUGCCUUAACUGGUACAGCAAGUACCGAGAGCAGGAGGCCAUCCGCCUGUGUCUGAAGCACUUUCGGCAGCACAACUACACAGAGGCCUUCGAGUCGUUGCAGAAGAAGACACGCAUUGCGCUAGAGCACCCCAUGCUUACUCACCUCCACGAGCGCCUGGUCCUCCGUGGUGACUUUGACGCCUGCGAGGAGCUCAUUGACAAGGCUGUGAGAGAUGGCCUAUUUAAUCAGUACAUCAGCCAGCAGGAGUACAAGCCGCGCUGGAGUCAGAUCAUCCCCAAAUGCACCAAAGGAGACGGAGACGACAGCAGGCCUGGAAUGAGGGGUGGCCAUCAGAUGGUGAUAGAUGUGCAGACAGAAACCGUGUAUCUGUUUGGUGGAUGGGACGGCACGCAGGAUCUGGCAGACUUCUGGGCCUACAGCGUGCAGGAGAACCAGUGGGCUUGUAUCUCCAGAGACACGGAAAAAGAGAAUGGUCCCAGCGCUCGCUCCUGCCAUAAGAUGUGUAUCGACUCUCAGAGGAGGCAGAUCUACACGCUAGGCCGCUACCUGGACUCCUCUGUCAGAAACAGCAAGUCGCUGAAGAGUGACUUCUACCGGUAUGACAUCGACGCCAACACAUGGACUCUGCUCAGUGAGGACACGUCUGCUGACAGCGGCCCCAAGCUUGUGUUCGACCACCAGAUGUGCAUGGACUCAGAGAAGCACAUGAUCUACACAUUUGGCGGGCGCAUCCUGACAUGUAAUGGCAGUGUGGAUGACGGGCGGACAUCAGAGCCACAGUUCAGUGGCCUGUAUGCCUACCACUGCCAGACGAGCACCUGGAGUCUGCUUCGGGACGACUCCUGUAACGCUGGUCCCGAGGAUGUCCAGUCCCGAAUCGGCCACUGCAUGCUGUUCCACACGAGGAAUCGCUGUCUGUACGUGUUUGGAGGCCAGAGGUCCAAAACAUACUUGAACGAUUUCUUCAGUUAUGACGUGGAUGGGGACCAUGUAGAGAUCAUCUCAGAUGGCACCAAGAAAGACUCGGGCAUGGUACCAAUGACUGGGUUCACCCAGCGUGCCACCAUCGACCCAGAGCUCAAUGAGAUCCACGUUCUCUCAGGCCUCAGCAAAGACAAGGACAAGCGAGAAGAGAAUGUGCGCAACUCCUUCUGGAUCUACGACAUUGCCCGCAACAACUGGUCUUGUGUGUAUAAGAAUGACCAGGCCGUGAAGGAGAACCCCAGUAAGGCACUGCAGGAGGAGGAGCCUUGUCCACGAUUCGCCCACCAGCUAGUCUAUGAUGAGUUGCACAAGGUGCAUUACCUGUUCGGGGGUAACCCUGGCAAGUCGAGCUCUCCGAAGAUGCGACUGGAUGACUUCUGGUCCCUGAAACUGUGCCGGCCCUCUAAAGAGUACCUGCUCAGACACUGCAAAUACCUUAUUCGCAAAUACAGGUUUGAGGAGAAGGCUCAGACGGAGCCCUUGAAUGCUCUAAAAUACCUGCAGAAUGACCUCUCUUUAACUGUGGACCACUCUGACCCUGAUGAGACUAAAGAGUUUCAGCUCCUGCCCUCUGCUCUGUUCAAGUCUAGCUCUGACUUCAUCCCUCUAGGCUUUUCAGAUGUGGAUCAGACAUAUGCCCAGCGUACAUUGCUCUUUGACACAUUGGUCAACUUUUUCCCUGACAACAUGACCCCACCCAAGGGUAACCUCGUUGACCUCAUUACCCUGUAGCCAUGCCCAAUCUACACCUCUCUAUGCCUCGCAGACUCCUCUCACUGCAGAGAAGUUAUUUUUCUACAUCUUCCAGUUUGGCAUUGCCACACCCAGUGAAUGUGUGCUCUCCUUACAUUGGAGGAAGUGCUUCUGAAGUACCACUGAUGCUUGCUUAACCAAGAAAGACUGAACAAAAAUAAUACAAAUGUGUAUAAUUUAUGUGGAAGAUGUAUUAACCCAAAUCAUGAAGGCAUUGAAGCAUAUUUCCUUUAUUCUCAAGCACAUUUUCUUUCUUCUCAUCCAAGCCCUGGCCCCCAGCCACAUCAUCUGUCAGACUAUAAGUGCUAGAUGAAAUUCACACAUCUGCCUAGCCAAGCGUACUUGACUUUUCCUCUGUUAUUUCAUUUGAGUCUAUUUCGGCUCUGUCUCGGUUUAUUUGACUUUUGUGUCAGUUUUUGAAGGCUUAUUUAGUGUCCUGUAUAGGAAGGGUAAAUUCAGAAUGGCUCAUUAGCUCUCUGUUGCAACCUGCGGCUCCCGUCCCAGCUGGUGCAGCAGCAGGCCUGCUUCGUGCAGACUGCAGAGUGGAGCAUUUGGUUGCACCUGCUGACAUUUUGCUGAGACUGCUGUUACAGAGUUCGUUUCCAUGGCAGGUUUGCACUCUGAAUUUCGAAGCCUUCAAAAUGGCAAGUUUAUGAAUGUAUUUCUUUUUGCACACUCUGUUUUCUGUUUUGCCUGUUUUCUGUUUGUUUAGAUAAAUCCAAAUUCUAAUCUGAGUAUGAACAUGAGUGAACCUGCUGCAGUCAGGCUGUCUGUCUCCUGAUAACGACACCAUGCGGCUGGUGCAGAGCAGUUAGAGAGCCAAGUUCCACCACUACACCAUGCCACAGUGUACAUAUUCAGUCAGGAGUUUCACAAAAAUAUGAGGCCCGGUUGUUGUGUGCGAUGGGUUUGGAUGAUGUGGUGAAAACAGAGGUGCUAAAUGACUAAUGCAGUUCUUUCAUUUCCACUUUGGGCUGUAGCAGUGUUUGAUGUGUAUAUCCUCUGUCAGGGAGUCAUUAAUAGAAGUAGUUUCUUACCAAAGCAGUCUCACAGAGUAACAGCAGUUCAGAAAGGGUUCAAAUCAGCAGACCCCUGCACUGCUUGUUUUCCCAGUACAAAUUCAGAACUACAGUGUGCUGCUGGCUGGUGGCAUCUCCCAACAUGCCUUGCUGGUGACCACCAAAGGUUUGUGUUGCCCCUUCAUGAGUCUGUUUGUGUGUGGAUGAGGUUUGCACUUGUCCAUUACGUCAUGGAGAAUGGAGGUACAUGGUGAUUGCCAUUGGCCUGGUUGAUGGCCAUGUGCAUGCACUGAUCCAGUUAUGCUUUGAGAAUCUUUUGGUGGCAUUACUGGACAUGCCAGAAUUAUUCUUAGAGGUAGUCUUCCAUAUUAGUUUGUGGGGGUGGGGGUGUGGGUGUAUGGGUGUGUGUGUGGGUGUAAGAUCUAUUGAAGUAUUCCUAAUGCCCUGGUUCUAGAGCAUUUUUCCACUGCAGGCCUAAUAGGUUGGGACAUUGUAUUAAGAUGAUUGGUAAAUAGUGUUAGUAAUCAGUCCUUCAGUUUAAAGUGAACACAUCUGGGUUCUCACACCAACAUAUUCUACCUUUGGCAUUUAUAUUUAUACAGGCAUACUGUAUUAGCGUAAUGACGCACAUCUAAUUAAAGUUUGACCAAUGCAAAGAUGUAUCUACCUGUAUUUAUACACAAGAAGAAUUGGUCGUCCUAUUCAUGCAAAACAUACAACUUUGACAUCUGAACAGUCUAACAUGGGGCAUCUUACCUUAAGCUCUUUUACCUGGCUGUUCUUGCUUCAUUCCAUCAGUACCUAAUACACGGCUUUAGGGACCUCAGUAUAGUACAACACUCUCCUGAAUACUAUCACUUAAUACUUAAAAUUGUAGAGGAGGGAGAGGGUUGUUUUUGUUUGUUUUAUAAAUUAAGGUUCUAUUCCUGGUUGCUUGAUUUGAGUUAGGAUUGUGAGUGCUGCUUUAGAAAUGUACAAAAUUAUUAAGCCAGGAAGAAAGUUAAGCAUGUAGGCUCUGAAAGAAAACUACAAGAGGGAAAACUACAGUGGGUGCACCUUCGCACCUUUAUAUGAUGUGAUGCCAAACCGCUUCUUUUGGUGUUGAUUCUCUGUACCUGAAAAUAAAAGAGAGCCUCCCCCCUGUUUCCUUUUGUCUCCUGGAGAGCAACCCCCACCCCCCAACCAAGCCACCCAUUUUCUGACUGAGGCUACUGGGCUAUGUGAACACUACACUGUGGCUGACAAGAAUGUGUAGAACAUAUUAUUACAAAACAGCAUUGUAUUUAAUGUACAUAAUGAAUAAAGAUUGUAUUUUGUUCAGGU